AUGAGUGAAUCUGUUUUUAGGCAUUACUUCUAUCUAUCUAUCUAUCUAUCUAUCUAUCUAUCUAUCUAUCUAUCUCAUCUAUUCAUUCAUCUAUCCGUCUAUAUAUCUCUGUCCCAAAUUCAUUCAUAUCUAUCUAUCUAUCUAUCUAUCUAUUCAUUCAUCUAUCUAUCUAUCUAUUCAUUCAUCUAUCUAUUCAUUCAGUCAAAUGUAAGUCUAUCUAUCUAUCUAUCUAUCUAUCUAUCUAUCUAUCUAUCUAUCUAUCUAUCUAUCUCAUUCUCUUAUUUACCAUAUCUUUCCUUCUUUGCUGACGUCAUUCCAUCUAUUCUUCCAACAGUUAUUUUUUUUACAUUUGCUGUUAUAUUUCGUUGCUUUCUUGGAACUGUAUUUGUGUUAAUCGUUCCUUCCUUUUACACUUCAAAUAUUUUUAUUAUUCUUUCUUUUACCGUCCUUCUUUCAAUUGCUAUCUACUACAGCUUCGUCUCCCUUUCUUUUAUUCCUUCUGCCUAUCCUUCCAUUAGUUAUUUCUUUUUUCUUACGGCUGUCGGUUCUUCAUUUUUCCCUUUUUGUCCGUUCCUCUUUCAUUCCAUCUAUCCUUUAUUAUUUUCUUCCUUUUUUUAUUUUUUUCGUUCAUUCUUUGUCUUUUUUCAGCCUGCUCUGGCUCUACCUCUAACUGUUCUUCGCAACAUUCUUUCUACUUAUCAUAUAACGUUACACUUCCUUUCCACACUCUUUCUUCCUAUAUUACUUCUCACGACACAAUAUCUCUCCAUAUUUCUCUCCCUGUAUAUCUUCCCCAACUUCCUUAACUCUCACCCCACCGGUAUUCCCAUAAUCUCUCUCUGUCUUUCUUCCGGAACACUCUGUCUAUACUUCUUUUCACACUCCCCCUUCACCUUUUUACUCUCUAUAUCCUUUUUCCCAAAACCUCUCUCUAUACUCUUGUUACACUCUCUAUUUAUCAUUAUACACAUACAAACUCACUCUAAUCUCUAUUUUCACAUUCUACUCUCUCUUCAUCGCUAUUCUUAUAAUUUAUUUCUAUCCGUCAUUCACUCUCUCUUUCUACCCUUCUGUUCACAUACUCUCUCUUGCUAUUUUUAUUUCUACCCUUUCUCUCUCUUUAUUUGUCUCUAUCUAUUCACAUUCUCUUUCUACCUUCCUUACACACUGUCUAUCCCUAUUUGCACACUCUCUUUAUCCGCAUUCCUACACCCCCACCUCAGUUUCUCCUGUACCCUUAUUAUCUCUCACACUUUCUCUCGCACGCAGAAACACAUUUUCUCUAUGUCCAUUUUCCCACACUCUCUUUACAUCCUUAACUCAACAUACUAUCUCUACUUCCCUCUCACUCACUCACUCUCUCUCUCUCUCUUCUCUCUCCCUUACUUCCAAAAUUUAUAUAUCUAUAAUUAUCUGAAAGACUUUCACUUUUCCCUGCUCAGCACAUACACCCUUUCUCCCCACUCGCUCUUUCUGCUCUCAUUCACAUAUACUCUCUUUCUCCUUGCUUUCUACAAUUUAUCGUUGCCCCUUUCCUCAAACUGUCAAUUUUUCUCUUUUUCCAACCCUCUCUUCUUCACUUAUUCUCACCCCCUUUCUAUCCCUCCUCCCACUUCUUCUUUCUCUCUACUCUUAAACUCACUCUCUCAACACCCUUCUCCCUCUAUCUCCCUUUGCUAUACCAUCUUACACACCCCUUUCUCUUUCCUCCUCACUCCCUCCUCUAAGUUAGUUGUUUUCUUCUCAUCUUCUGAAAAAAUUGUUCUUGUACAAUCAUCGAAGUUAAGCAACAUCGAGCCUGAAUUCUUUUCAAAUUGUUUUUAUAUCUUUUCAUUUGUGUUCCUUUAUUUUCCCGCUUGUUUCUUUUCUCUCUCUCUCUCUCUCUCUCUCUCUCUUCUUUUUCUCCUCUUUUUUACUUUUAUUUGCCCAUUUUUUUCUUUAAACUUCUCCGUUUUUCUUUUCUUCAUUGUUUCUCACCCACCAUUUAUUCGUCUUUUCCACUUCCCGUUCUUCUUGUCACUCUUUUUAUUUGCCUCUUUCUUUCUCGCCUAUCUUUCUCAUUCCCACUUGUCGCUCAUUAUUUCUUUCUAUUUAUCUAUUAUUGUCUGCUUCUCUAAUAACAAAUUAGCUUCUUUCACUUCCUCUCAUCUUUUCGAUUAUUCUUUCCUAUCCGUCUGUAUUUCUAUUUUUCUCUUAGUUACUAUUUCUUUCUAUCAUUGCUCUCUUUAUUUUUUAAAAACUUUAUGUCUUUCAUUUUUCUUCUCCUUGUUUCUUUCUAUUCUUUCUUUACUUUUUCUUUUUCUUUUUAAUUCUUUUUUUCAUCUAUUUUUUUUUUCCGUUUUGUUUUCAUUUUUUUUUUUCUCUUUUUGUCUUUUUCCUUUCUUUUUCUCUUUUCUUUCUUUAGUGGUUUCAUUUAUUUCUACUGUCUUUUUAUUUUUCAUUCUCCCUUUUUGUCAUCGUGCUUCUUGUUACCUCUUUUUGUUCGUCUUUUUGUUCCUUCCGUCUUUUCGUUUUUUUUUUUUUAUUUGUCCCCUCUUUCUUUUUUCUUUGUGCUUCCUCAUUCUGUUUAUUUCUCUUUGUUUUCUUUUUUUUCUUUUUUGCUCCCUCUUUCACUUUGUUUCCUCUUUCUUUUUCCCCUCUUUCUUUUUUUCUUUUUUUCCCUCUUUCUUUCUUUUUCUUUUUGUUCCUUCUUUCUUUUUACUUUUAGUUCUCCUUUUCUAUUUUUCUUUUUGUUACCUCUUUCAUUUUGUUUCCUCUUUCUUUUUUUUCUUUUGA